AUGAUGAUGUUGGAACUUCCAGAGCAUCUGUUAGAAGAAAUACUCUGUCGUGUUCCAGCUAUGUCUUUGAAACGGUUAGGAUCUACUUGCAAAGGAUGGAACCGUUUAUUCAAGGAUAGGAGAUUCACAAGAAUGCACUUGGAUAAAGGCCCAAAGCAGUUUCUGAUUCACAUGUCCAAGGGGCUUAGGGUACGCUCGAUGAGUGUCGAUCUCCAUAGACUUCCACAUGUAAAGGUCACAGCUGAAUUUAGCCUAACAAACCCUCAAUAUCCUCUAGAUGAAGAAUUCGAGAUACAUAAAGUCUCUCAUUGCGACGGCUUAUUGUUAUGCGUCUGCAUCACCAAGGAGGACAAUACUAGGCUCGUGGUAUGGAACCCGUGUACUGGUCAAACAAGGUGGAUUCAACGAGAAAAUUGUUAUGACUUAUACGACAACUAUUCUCUCGGAUCCUACCAAGAUAAAAGAUGCAACGAUAAUAGCUACAAUAUAUUGGCACACACGGGUUUUGGCUAUGACCACAAAUUCCAAAUUUAUGAAAUAAACUCCAAUUCAUGGAGGAUUAUUGAUGCCACUUUCGACUUCAAAUUAGAGUAUAUUGGUGAGGGCGUGUCUUUGAAGGGAAAGUCGACUUACUGGAUUGUUAGUGGUGAAAAAGAGAAACGGCUUGGCAUAUUCUUAAUAAGUUUUGAUUAUACAACAGAAAGAUUUGAACGUCUACGUCUUCCGAAUAAGUAUCCUUGUUCUGCAACUCUGAGUUUAUCCAUUGUUAGAGAGGAGAAACUUUCCAUGUUAUCACAACGCGCAAUUAAAUCAAAACCAGAGAUAUGGGUGACAAAUAAGAUUGGUGAGACCCAAGUGGUGUCGUGGACCAUGGUCUUAGCUGUGUAUUUGCAACCUGGACUUUGUAUUUGGGAUGGCGUAAGUUUCUGGGUCGACGAGAAGAAGAAAGUCGUCGUUUGUUGUGAUAACCUUAAAGACCAAGGCAAAACCACGAAACACAUUUUUGGAGAGGACAACAAAGUGAAACAAGUGGAUUUUGAAGUCGGAUCAUCUUUGUCAUGCAUGUUUUAUUAUGUUCCAAGUUUGACUCAAAUCUACCAAGGUAUCACAGGCAAAAGAAAAAGAGACGAAUGA